AUGGCCUCAAUGGGUGCUAUUAACCCCUACGGCCACCUGAUCCGGUCAGCCCGGACAGGCUUCACCUAUGUCCCUCGCCGAACCCUGACGGCCUCCGUGCCUCGUCGUCUCCCCGAAGACAACAACAACAACAACAAUGGCCCGACAAAACCCGACUCCCCAUCCCCCCUGUCCUCCAUCAAAAACUUCUUCUUCGGCGGCAAGUCCGACUCCGCCAAACCCAAGAUCACCCGUCGGACCCAAGCUCCGCCCAAGCGGGAGGGUGCCCUGAGUGCCGACUCCAUCUUCGCCGAGGACGAGGCCACCCCGAAGCUGAUUGCGUCCGGACGUACCCCGGCUGCCCGGAAGCAGGCCGCCACCGAUGCCGCCGCCGAGGAGGAGGACCUGGAAGGCGCCGCCUUCUACCCGGUGGAGAAGCGCAACCGGGCCAACAUGCAGGCGGUGCUGGAUCCGCGGCCGGAGGCCCGCAUGCGCUGGGAGCGCAAGAUGAUCGUCCGGGAGGUGCGCCGGCGCGGCCGGCUCACCAAGACCGAGCAGAUCCUCCGCACGGAACGCGAGUCGCUGUCCAAGUCGCACUGGUUCAAGACCUCGGUCAAGAAGCUGGGCCCGCUGGCGCGCCAGAUCGCCGGCAAGAACAUCGACGAGGCCAUGCUCCAGAUGCGCUUUAGCAAGAAGAAGGCCGCCAAGGACGUCCUCGAACACCUGCAGCAUGCUAAGAACGUCGCCAUCGUGCGCUCCGGCAUGGGUCUCGGCGCCGUCGAGGGCGCCGAUGCCGAGCAGAAGAAGCCCAUCACCGUCACCCUCAAAUCCGGCGAGCGCAAGACCAUCACCGAUCCCACCUCCAUCUACAUCGCCCAGGCGUGGGUCAACCGCGGCCCGUACGGCGUCGACUACGACCACCGCGCGCGCGGCCAGAUCAACCUCCUCCGGCCGCCCUACACCGGUCUGUCGGUGCUGCUGAAGGAGGAGAAGACGCGCAUCCGCGAGUGGCAGGACCGGGACGCGAAGGAGCAGCGCAAGCGGAAGGCCCAGCUGUGGACGCAGCUCCCGGACCGUAAGAUCUCGGCGCAGAACCAGUACUACAGCUGGUGA